UGCUGCUGCUGAGCCAGGCAGCCGGAGCUCACAGCGCUGCUGAGCCCAGCUACACCGGGGCGGUCACUGGCACGCACUGCCCCCGGGAGGGAGCUCCGAUCACUGGCACUUUCCCCAGCUCUGCCUAUGCUGCCUGCUCCCCUCCUGCUGGGCACAGCAUUCCACUGACUCUCCGCACUAAUAAUGGAUCUAUUCGACUUUUUCCGAGACUGGGACCUGGAUCAGCCGUGCCAUUUUGAGCAAGAUCGAAGUGCACUCAAAAGAAAGGAGUGGGAAAGGAGAACCCAAGAAGUACAACAAGAUGAAGACCUGUUUGCCACCGGUUUCAAUCUUUUUGGAGAGCCCUAUAAGACAAACAGAGGAGAUGCACUUGCAAACCGUGUUCAGAACACAUUGGGAAACUAUGAUGAAAUGAAGGACCUGCUAACCAACCACUCCAAUCAAAGUCAUCUUGUAGGAAUUCCAAAGAAUUCAGUUCCCCAAACGCCAGUUGAGAAAAAUGAACAGAAUUUUUUUCCAGAGCAAAGAAACCGUGUGGCUCAGUGCCACCAAAGUAGUAGCCAUCCAGCAUCCAACAUGCCACCACCAUCAACAAUAGCAUCAAAUUCUAGUUUGAUGCACAAUCACGAAGCUACAAGAAAAACAAGAAUGGACUGGCCACAAGGAGGUCAUACCUCCACCUGUACACAAGCAAACCCAUCAAGCAGUCUACCAACCAGAUCAAAACAUAAUUCUUCACAUGACUUAUCUCAAAUUAGAUAUGAAGAUCUAUACAACUGCCAAAAUGACCAACAUAAAUUAGGUAUUAUUGAUGAACCAGUGCCCACUACGUCAUCUUCAAACACAAGAAGACACAAUCACUCCAAGUCAGUAAGUGCAGAACAAUCCUAUAAGGAAAGUUUGCAUUCAAAGUCACCCAUCGAAUUAGAAUUUUCAAUUCAUGGUUCAGUGUCUCCCCUCCCUUCUACGUCAUUGCUACUGGCAAACAAUGGACUUGCAUCUCAAAAUUUUCCUCCUGGAAUUCACAGUAAAACCAGCACAAUACAACAAAAACCCACUGCUUAUGUAAGGCCAAUGGAUGGCCAGGACCAAAUAUCAAAUGACUCACCUGAACUAAAGCCACCAACAGAAACCGAGGAUGGCUUUAACAACCAGCAAUUUGGAAUAAUGCUUGAGGCAAAAGUUAACGUACCGGUUGCUAAAAACAAACUUCCAAAACUUACACUUCCCCAAGCAAAUGAAGUCAGUCUUCCAAAUGAUGCCAGCUGUGUUGAAGAAAUCUUACGGGAAAUGACCCAUUCUUGGCCUCCUCCGCUAACGGCAAUCCACACCCCAUGUAAAUCAGAGCAGACCAAGUUCUCCAUACCCACUAAGGAUUCUCAACAUUUCACCUCAGGAUAUGGCAUGCAAAAACGAUGUGAUGUUACAAGUAAAACAGCAGCAAAAUCUAUUCCACAAAAGUCAAUGCUUGAAGAUGAUCUGAAGUUGAGCAGUGAUGAAGACGACAAUGAGCAGGCAAACGAAAAAACUAAGCCAAGAAACAUUCCAGUGAACGGCCUUCCUAUGCCACCCACAAAUGGUGCCAACACGAUGAACUCCAGCGGAAUAUCUGGAAGUUCCAGUGAGUCUGAAAGCAGCUCUGAAUCCGAUUCAGACAGCGAGAGCAGCUCCAGUGACAGUGAAUGUAAUGAACAGGCACGCCACCCGACUCCCGAGCCUGACCCACCUUCGACGAAUAAAUGGCAAUUGGACAAGUGGUUAAAUAAAGUAAAUUCGCACAAUAAAACAAUAAUAAUCAACCAAAAUGAUGUUCAUUCAGACAAUAUUUCUGAAUCUCAGAAUAACCAACAGGCAGAACAUGAAAAAAUAAAAAGUGACGUCGCCAGCACUGUUCCUCAGCCAGACCCCAAAGAGAGGGAGUUACGUAGCCCUGUAAAGGAAAAAGCCAAACCCAAGGUUCCCCCAAAAAACACAGAAACAAAAACCAUAAAGCAAAAGUCACCAGCUCACAACGAACCAGUCUCACAAAGAUCUAUUGCUAAGAAGCAACCAAAAAAGGUUGAGAGAACUUCUAGUGCAGAAGACUACAACUGGAACAAACCAAAUCCCACCACCAGCACUCCCAAAGACAAAGAGGUGCGAGAAACACCAGAGCAACCAAAAUCACGUGCAAAAAAUACUGUUGCUAAAACGGCACCGAGGAAAGAGCAAAGGACUAGUACAGGAGGUGCUUCGGACAAAAAGAAAGCCAGGGGAGCCAAUAAGAUUGUUCCAAAAUCUAGGGAAUUUAUUGAAACAGAUUCUGCGUCUGAUUCCAACACAGAUCAAGAAGAUGUUUUGCAGGUUAAAAUUUCAUCAGCGUGUAGUGGACCUUCUAAUCCCACCAAAACUAAGGACUGCAGUAGCAGCAGUAGUAAUGUCCUAAGUGUGAGUAGCUCGACAAGCCAUAACAGCAGUAUCUCACUGGAUCAGACAAAUAACGAUUUGGAGGAACAGUUCUCUCCUCUUCCUGUGGUUCAAAAUGAACUUCUAUCUCCCUUAAGGGAUUAUGAAGAACUAAAAUCCCUGUGGGUGAAAAUAGAUCUCACCCUUUUAUCUAGGAUUCCAGGACAAGAGGCCUUUGACAAUGUAACAGUACAAAAUGAAGUGAGAGAAAGUGCUUUCAAACACAAGCAUCAAACACCAGCCACACCAGUGGAAAAAAAUCCCACAAAAUCCAGACGGAAGCACAAGCAGCCUGAAAGCUUUGACACACAGAGCAACAACAAAAAACAGCGCCUAGAGGAAGACACCACCCCAUGUGCACCCCCUCCCUGCAUUUCUCCAAUUCCAAACAGCAGGAUAACCAGCUCAAAAGAGGUAAAGAAGACCACUAAAAAAAGAGAAGAGAAAGUGUUUCCUCCUUUGUUGUCCCCAUUGGCUGAUGAGCCUCCCUGCCGGAGACAUUCCAGUGACAACAUCUCCUUUGGCCUUGACAGUAGUGCCACACCAUUUGGGUUCAAAACCACCAACACCUCCACAAGACACAAAAAGAAUGGGAAUGCUAAAGGAAUAAUUGAAGAUGAUCACAGCAGGCCACCAAGCACUAGCCUUGAGAACAUUCACCUAGAACCCGAAGAGUGGUGCUCUGUGCCUAUUCUAGCCAACGGAAACACAGAAUACAGAAGAUCAAAAAUUACAUUUGACGAGACGUUACACAAUGCUGAUUAUUACAUGCAAGAAGCCAAAAGAUUAAAGCACAAAGCAGAUGCCCUGAUUGAGAAGUUUGGGAAAGCAGUGAAUUAUGCGGAUGCUGCCCUCUCUUUCAUUGAGUGUGGGAACGCUAUGGAGCGAGAUCCAUUAGAAGCUAAAUCUCCAUACACCAUGUACUCGGAGACUGUGGAACUCAUCAGGUAUGCCAUGAGACUGAAGAAUUUCACAGGCUCGGCUGCCAGUGAAGGGGAAAAGAAACUCGCGGUUUUAUGCUAUCGCUGCUUGUCGUUACUCUACUUGAGAAUGUUUAAACUAAAGAAGGACCAUGCUAUGAAGUACUCCAGAUCACUCAUGGAAUAUUUUAAGAACUCUUCAAAAUCUUCCCAGGCGCCCUCUCCAUGGGGAGGCAAUGGAAAGAACACAGAGACACCAUCUCCAAUGUCAUUAAGUCCAUCCUCAAUAAAUUCUGCUGGAAACAGCAGUGGGACAACUGGAUCUUCCUCUACGGGCACUAUAUCGAUUCCACAACGCAUACACCAAAUGGCUGCCAGUCACGUCAAUAUCACUAACAAUGUCUUGCGUAGUUAUGAGCACUGGGACAUGGCUGACAAGCUGACAAGAGAAUCUAAAGAGUUCUUUCAAGACCUUGACACAAUGAUGGAGCCUUUAACACAACACAGCACUAUGACCAACCUGGUCCGCUACGUUCGACAAGGACUUCAUUGGUUACGCAUCGAGUCACAAUUGUUGUAGUGUCUGCUUUAUUCCUCCCACAUUUUCUUGUAUUCUACCUCUACCAGAGCAUAGACGAUCACUGGUGGAUAUCCACUCAUUAUCUUGACUUCAUUUUUUAAAAUAUUUUAUUUGUUGGAAGUGGCUUUUACUGUCAAUGGAAAUGCAGCUCGGGAAGUAGCAUUAACUGCAACGACCAACCCGCCAACCAACCAUUUCCAACUCUUUAAUAUGCCUUGCAUCUCUUGGAUCCAUUCCUAUGUGCUUUAUGAAAUGGUACAAUUUUAAAUAUAUUGUUUUAUUCUUCACUGCCUUUAAUUAAGAACAAGAUGCACUUUGUGAAGAUUUGGAACAAAACUUCUUCAGUAUCAGAGUGUUUUAUGAAAACACUUUAAUUGGGAUAAUUAUUUAAAAUGUUGUAUUAUUAGCAAUGUUCAAACUUUCCUGUGAUUGGUAUUACUUAAAAAUGCGUGUUGCUUGUCUAUGGCAUCACUGCCAAGGCAGCUAAUAUCUGCAAUGUAAUAACGAAAUGGGUAGCUCACUGCUUGGUCACAGAGGUUAAAGGUGAAACCAGUGACACCAGGUGCCAAACUGUACAAUAAGACAUUAACGAAACAGUCUAAUUGUUGUCCUGGUAUAUUUAAAUGUUUUUAACAGAUUUCUGAAAUUCCAUAAAUGGAAUAGAAUGUCUGCUUGCUAAUAUCUGUAGAAUAAGGUCUUAAAUUUCAUUUCAUGUUGGUCCAGAUCUUUUUCAGACUGUUCAUAGAGGACUGUAUUUUUC